AAAUGACCCAUUUGAUUAAAGACACCUUUUAUAAGGAAAAACUUUAUUAAGUCUCACUUUCUUCUUUUUCUUUUGCUUAAGAAUAGGCUGGAAAACAAAAAGAAGUUAAGCAACCAAUUUCAGAAGAAGUUUUAAAGAAAGCUUUAACAACAUAUGGUAAAACUGCUGAAGGAUAACAUUAUGCUUAUUUAAGUUUUAUGGCAAAUAAUUUAGACUUAACUAGUUUACAUGUAUUACUUAAACAUAAAUUAUCAUUAGGGUAUUGAGAAGUUCAAACAUCUUUAACAUGUUGAUGUUAGUAAUAACUCUAUAAAAUCACUCAAACCAUUAAAUGGAUUAAAAUAUAUAAUUACAUUAAAAGCUAGUAAUAAUAGAUUGACAAAGUUAUUGGACUUAAAGUAUUUUUAUAUAUUAUUUAAGACAUAUUCCAUUAUAAAUUAUGGAUGUAGAUUGUAGUAAUAAUGAUAUUGAAUUAAUUCCAGAUCUCAGUUGUCAUCGUUUUCUUCGUUACUUAAAUCUUUCUAAUAAUAAGAUAAGACAGAUAGAAGGAGUUUAAAAAAACAAAUAUUUGUAAGUUUUGAAAUUGGCUAACAAUCAUAUUGAUCAUAUUGAAAAUUUAGAUGGGAUGAAUUUGACUGAAUUAGAUUUAUUUGGUAAUGAAAUAACAAUAUUGGAUGGUUUGACUUAAUUACCAAAGUUAAGGAAACUAGAAUUAUCUUAAAAUUAAAUCAAAAGUUUAAAUGGGAUUGUUGAUCUAAUCUCAGUUAGAGAGCUUAGAAUAGCAAAUAAUAAAAUAUCAAGGAUUAAAGAAUUAUCAUAUUUAGAAAAUUUAGUAUUUUUAAGUGUUCUUGAUCUUUGUUAUAACCCAAUUUAAAAUAGACGAUAUUAUAGAUGGUAAGUUUUAUACAAAUUACCUGGUUUAAGAAAUUUAGAUGGAGUCUAAGUUCCACCAGAAGAUAUUGUUAAGGCAGAAAAUCUAUAUGGAAUGGAUUUAGAAGAUAGAAAGAGAAUUUUUAAAGAUGUAUUACCAGAUGAAGAAUUUAUUGAUAGAAGAAUUCAUAUUUCAGAAGUAAAUAUACUUUAAAAAUAAAGUUAAUUGAACCAGAAACUGAAGAUGAGAAUGAGAAUCAAGAAUUUAUUGAUUAAUACGAUAAAACAGGUAAAAUGAUGUAAAAAUAAACUAAAUCAAUGGGAUCAUAAAAAUCUAUCAGUGAAAUGGUAUUUCUCUUUAAUUUAUUUUAUUUAGUAUCAUUCUAAUAAAAGUCUUUAAGAAAGAGAAUAUUAAUGA